UUAAAGACUCGUUCGAAAUGAUUCCCUCGUGAUGAUAACAGGAAAAAGCGCGAGCCGUUCAUAUUAGCGCUUGUCCGUUACAGUCACCAAGUAAACAAGACGAUGUUGAGGUGUUAGAAGAUGCAGGUUGUGGAGGAGUUUGACUCUCUCUACACUCCAGAGGGACAGCAGGAUGAGGAUUCCUAUGAGGAUCCGGAUAAAGCCAAGCUCCUUCACUCCAACAGCUGCUUGAGGACCUUAUACACUGACCUGCAGAAAGUGGUGGAGAUGACGGAGGACAGCAACAUGCUUCUCAGGACCGAGAACAACGACCUGAAGAACCAAAUCAGAAGCAUGAAGCGGUCAAUUCGGAACGUCCAGCCUCUUCUGAAUGAACUGGAGGACAUUCAAGCUGCGAAGGCAGAGAAAGAUCAGAUCUGUGACGCCGUCGAGGCCAGCCGCAAAGAACUUGCGAAGGAAAACGAAACACUCAGACAGCAGAUAGAAACACUUACCUGCGAGACGUCCAGUUUCAUCCUGAAGAGAGAGCAGCAGGAGAAGGAGCUCUCCAAUCUCAGCUGUGUCCUAAGAGCUUUACAGCAACAGCUAGAGGAGAACAGGCUUCAUCUGGAACAGAAAGAUGAACUCAUACAUCAGAGGGAUUUUGUCAUCGAACAACUGAAAGACUCAGUGUCAGAAUACAUCACCAUUAACCAGGUCAUGAAGGAGAAGCUAAAGGAUUUAGAAGAACAGUUGGCUUUGGCUUUAGUGUAUGUACAUUCUCAGAAUUAUUCUCUCAUUACAUGCAAGAUGCCACGUCUUAGUAAAUCCACGUUUUUUUUAAAAUAUGUAUUUAACAGUAGCGGUGAAGGGAGCUUUAUGAAGGUGGAUAUGACACUGGCACUCGCUCCUGAGCAAGCUGUUUCACUCAGGGAAGAGCUCAGAAUUCUGUCUGAGGAUCAGAUGAACCCUGAGGAGGAACAGAAAGAGGAGGAAGAAAAUGCAGAGACUCUGGAGGAGCAUGCAGCACUUUACAUCUCAAAAAGCUGUGUGAGAUCUAUAGGGACAGGAGUCUGUGCUGCCGUGGCGCUGUGUUUCAGUGUGCUGGGUGUGUUUGGAGCGUUGGGUCCCACCGUGCUCGCGGACCUACUGGACACCGUCCGUCUUCUGAUCCAACCCUACUCUCGAGUACAUCACACCGGCCUUCCUCCUGUUUAAACACAAACGCCUCUCUCAAGACUUCUGUUCAUAUUACAGCUGUUCUUUUUCCACACUCUGAUAAUGUAAGAGUGUUCCCCUUAAACAAUUAAAUAUAACUUCUCCAACUUUGUGAGAUUUAGUUUGUUUGUUUUCCUCAUUCUCACCUGAUUGACUUUUUACUAAAACUGCUCCAGUCUCAAAUAAAACCCUUUUAGUUUUCAUGUUAAAUCAUUCGAUAAGCAUUCGACAUGAUAAUACACCAAAUGU